UUUGCACUUUGUUUCGCAAUGUUCGUGCUCUGAGCAGCUGAAAUCAUGGACCUGUACGAAAAUCACGACGAUGGGCCAGGUUUUGUUGGGAUAAGAUUUUGUAAAGAAUGCAACAACAUGUUGUAUCCCAAAGAAGAUAAAGAAAAAAGAAUCAUGGUUUAUGCUUGCAGAAACUGUGACUAUCAACAGAUUGCAGACAAUCCUUGUAUAUACGUCAACAAAAUUACACAUGAGGUUGAUGAGUUGACACAAAUCAUCGGUGAUGUGAUUGCGGACCCUACUCUCCCACGAACAGAAGACCAUGUUUGUCCCAAGUGUAACCACAAAGAAUCUGUAUUCUUCCAAUCACACAGUACAAAAGCAGAGGAGGGAAUGCGACUGUACUAUGUAUGCACCAAUCAGCAGUGUGUUCAUCGGUGGACUGAAUAAAUGGUUUUAUUUUAUGGACUUUUUUAAGUUUUGUCAGAUGGUGAAAAUGAAAAGAUGGAAAAAUGGAAAUUAUCUGGACUUUAAGUUUAGAAGGAGAAUUGAAAAGAUGAAAAAUUUGAAUUGUUUAAAUAUUUGAGGAUGCUUUCACUGAGUCAUGUAUGUUGUUCAUAUUUCAGUCAUUUUUUUUCAAAUUUUUGUUUCUAAUAUGACUUAUUCUUUCAUGGGAAUUUGAUUUAAUUUGUUUCAUUUGAAUCAAGAGUGUAAGAAUGAGAGAAAACGUAUGUUGAUCAUGUAGAAGAAAAAUAAAUGAAACUUUCUCGAUCAAA